UUGUUCUUUUUUCCGGUUGACUUUGACAAGAAAGAUGCCAGGCGUCACAGUGAAGGAUAUUGACCAGCAUGCCGUUACCAAGGCGGUCGCAGUUUUCCUUAAGAAGACUGGCAAAUUGAAGGUGCCCGAACAAAUGGACAUCAUUAAGACAGCCAAAUUCAAGGAGCUGGCCCCUUAUGAUCCCGACUGGUUCUAUGUGCGUUGCGCUUCAAUUCUGCGUCACUUGUACCACCGCAGUCCAGCUGGAGUCGGUUCCAUCACCAAAAUCUAUGGUGGCCGCAAGCGCAACGGUGUGCACCCAUCACACUUCUGCCGUGCCGCUGAUGGUGCUGCCCGCAAAGCACUCCAGGCUCUGGAACACGCCCGCUUGGUUGAGAAGCACCCUGAGGGUGGUCGCAAACUGAGCUCCAUUGGACAGCGUGAUUUGGAUCGCAUCGCAAACCAGAUUGUUGCCAAGCAGCGUGACGCCGCUAAGCAGACUGGCCCUAUUGUUAUUUCCAAGUAAAAACGAUGUGUGCACACCGCGCGGAUCUAAUCGAACUCUAAAAACAUUUUUAGACUUCUACUGUAAGCGUUUUUUGUUUGCCCGAGAGAAACGAUAAUAUAAAACCAUUCACUAAAGUCUACAAAAACAAGCGUAA